AUGCGAAUCGGACUCGUGCGGCAGGCGCUGCUUUUGUGGAGGAAGAAUUGGACCCUGCGUGCCACGUUGGCCUGGAAUCAGAAGGCCAACUCAGCCACCGGUUCGGCAUUCUUCCCGUUCACCACCAUCGCUCUCGUCACCAUGUCAUACCAGACCGACAUAGAAGAUGCGAACCCCUGGGCAGCAACUACCUCUCGCGCUACACCAUCGUCCCUGCCCGGGUCGUCGCUAGACCAAGCUAUCGUUGUCGACGACCCACCAGAGACCGCGCCUCCUCCCUACUCGGAUCCCCAGCACGGCUUCACCUCGUCAUCCCGCCCCGACACCGGCCAUGUCCAUCACACGGGCAUGGAAAACACCGACCAGGUGCUGCUGCUCGUCUUCAUUCACGGCUUCAAGGGCUCGUCCGAAACCACGUUUGAAGACUUUCCCUCGCGCCUCACCCACAACCUCCAGGAAACCUAUCCGGGCCUGCACGUCAAGUCGCUUGUCUAUCCGACGUACGACACGCGCGGCAGCCUCGCUGCUGCCGUCGCUUUGUUCGUCGAGUGGCUCACCAUGCAGACCGUCAUGCUCGAAGACAGGCUCAAGCUCGACCCGGACACGGGCGCCAUUCGGCCCGACCCCACCGCCACCAUCGGCGGCGGCGGCCCAGGCAGCGUCAAGAUCGUCCUCGCAGGCCAUUCGAUGGGCGGACUCAUCGCUGUGGAUGCCGCGCUCAGCAUCGCACGCAAGACGUCCGAGCAGCAGCAACCCACGCACGCCAAGCGCAAGCUGUGGCCCGCCGUCGUCGGAGUGAUUGCGUACGACACGCCCUACUACGGCGUGCAUCCGGGCGUGUUCAAGCACGGCAUCAACAAGUACGCCGGCUACAUCCAGACUGCACAGAACAUCGGCACAUUUUUGGCGCCCAUGGGCGUAGGCCUGGCUGCACGCUGGAAUUCGGAGCGUCAGUCGCAGUCGUCUUCCGCCACCCCACCUUCCAACACCACCAGCGCGGCCAAUGGACGGUCUUCGCGCACGACGGAGUCGAACGGGAACGAUGCAGCCGCAUCGGCACGCGCGAGCAGCAACUGGCGCACCGCACUCAUGGCGACGGGCGCCGUGGCGCUCGCUUCGGGCGCCGCCGCUUCCGCAGCGUACUUUAACAAGGACAAGAUCAACGGCGCGUACGGCUGGGUGUCGGACCACCUUGCGUUUGUGUCGAAUCUGUGGGAUGAUUCGGCGCUGCGUGCGCGGUUGGACCAGCUGGUGGAGCAGCCGCAGAUCCUGUUCCACUGCUACUACACGCGGCUGCCCGCCAGCUCGCGCGCCGCCAACCCGACCGCACAGGCGCAGGCGAGGGAUAGGACGUUCAUCAUUCUGCCGCCACGCGACGCACGCUCCGCACCGAGUUUCACGCCCAUGGACAAUGUGCAGGCGGCCGACGAGGUGGAGGCGCACAUCAGCAUGUUCAACGCGCGUGCCAAUCCGAGGUACUUUGAGCUCGGGCUGCAGACCUCGCGCCUCGUCGCGACGUGUCUGGACAACGAGAGCAGGUUCGGCGACCAGACGCAUGCGCAGCACGAGACCGAAACCGGCCGCGGCGAUAUGGACGAAGAAAAGGGUCUACGGUUCGGAGACGACGAGAUCGAACAGCUCAGGCAUGCCGAACGUCCAACGUAG